CUCUCUCUCUCUCACUCACUCGUAAUACUCUCAUAAGCAGGGGGACUGAAUCGGGUAUGUCGUCAGAUUUUGUGGUCAAGUAUGCGUCAGUCAUCUGCUAAGCAUUUCAGAAGGGGAAGCGAGGAGGCGAUCUAUGGAAAUGGAUUUUAUAAACCGACUCAGCCCCAAAGAGAUACAACUCGUUAGCGAAAGGCAGAGCACGCACCCGGACUGUGAACUCUUAGGUCACCAGUACUCCGGCUCCCGGGCGCAUCAGCUUAAGCAUCCCGGCGAUUAUUUCAAGAACCUACCACUCCACCGAGCCCAAGAGGCGCUUCCGAAAACGCAUUAUAUCUUGCGCCGGCUUUGGGGACAGGAGCCAAAAUAGACACGAUCACUCACCCGCUCCCCAAAUCUCGAGCUUUCACCGUUUUCUUGUGGCUCAUCACGAUCGAAAAAUUCCAGUUAAUCGAAGCAAAAUCGAUGGAUUUAAGACAAGGACAUUACGGCCCCCUUGCUGUUUUAUUAGCUACCCUGCUGCACACCCUGAGAGUCUCUGCCUUCAACGUGACUGACGCCUCCUCUGCUACCGCCAUCCAGAGAACAUACGAACUGACUAAAUAUCUGGAGCAUCAGCUUAGCACACUGACUGUCAGUUAUCUAACCUACUUGGGGCCACCAUUCAAUGAUCCUGACUUCACUCCACCCCGCCCCAACAAUUCAGCUUCUCUUCCCAGUGCUGCCACACGUCUGGAUCUUUGGAAAGGACUGGAUAACCGUCUGCGACUGUCUGAGAACCACCGAGCCUACAGUAUUCUUCUGGGCGCUCUGAAAGGACUGGCAGCAGGGACCCUUUGCCCAUCCCUUCAAAGGUCCCUUCAGCACUUCUGCACGGGUUUGCACGGCCUACUGGUAAGCAUUGCUGGGGUCAUGACCUCACUGGGGUAUCCACCACCUUUGCCAAGUGGAGAAGACAUCCCCAACUAUUUUACCCCCAAGCCUGGAAGUUUGUAUCGAGGAGGAGGACACCCAUCUGGCUUUGGAAGGGCUUUUCUCACGACACCAAGUCUUGCCCUAGCAGAUUUUCACAGCAGAGAUUCAUCUUUCUUAAAUGAGAAACCGGCACGAUUUUCGGAAAGAGAUGCUAGGUACCUAAGCCUUGGAGCUGGUGUUUCCCAGCGAGAUUAUCCCCGGGAAUACUUCCCCGGAAAAUUCCUUAGCAGAAUUCCAGUCACCACAGGUUCUGCUCCACCCGUGGAAAAGCCUCUCACGAGAAACUUGACACAGUUUGAGGGCAGUUCUUCUCCCGCCAGAAGGCGGCAGACUUUAUGGGGCGAAGGUAGCGGACCUUACUCUUCUUACCUUGUCCCCGAAACACACACUCUGAGUGACUUCUCCAGAAAAAUGGGAGGCUUUUGGGUGCUGAAGGAACUCCAAACGUGGCUCUGGCGAUCAGCCAAAGACUUCAAUCGACUCAAGAAGAAGCUGCCCAUCCCACGGAGGCGAAGCUAGUACUGAAAGUCAGGGUUCAAUUCGGCUAAUUGGGGUUCUCGAGAGGUUAGUAGGGACCAGGUCAGGGGUUGAUUAAAAAUGGGGAUGGGGUUAAUGGGGAUUGGCAGGUUGGGUCUUGGGGGCUGGUUGUGAUUGGAGGAGGGGUAGAUGGAGAUUGGAGGGAGGUUGGUUAGAAAUUGGGAUAUGUCAAUUUGGGGGGGGGGGGGGGGGUUGCAGGGUGGGAUUUCAGAACUUUGAAAGCUGUAGAAGAAAAUUCUUUCAGAUUGAAGGCAAAGAAAAGGUUCACGAAAUGUCAUUGCCAGGCAUGCCUCAGAAAGUCGGAGUGGUUUUACUGAUUUUUUUUUUUUUUUUCCCCUUAAUCAGAUUUGAACUGCCGCUUAAAAUCGUGCCAUUGGUUUUCCCAGUCUGUUUACAUUCCACUUCGCUAGCGAUUUCCUGGUGCUGACCUCCCUGGGAUUAUUUUUUUUUUUUAGCUUACGUCGGCUGCUUCAAGACUAUCUCUCCUUUUUAACCUUUCCCUAUUUUUCCACCUUGUUCCAAUUACAUAUUGACAAAUUUUAACGGGCUUUUUUUGACUACUUGCACAUUUUGAAAAUGCUUUUAAACUUUUCGGGCGGGUUGCAGCUCCACAGUCUGUUCUAAUUUUGCCCCACUGGGUUUUAUUAGAAUUUCUUUGUUCCGCUGGAGGUAAAGUUCAACAUAUCCUCUUCGUUUUUUUUUUUUUGUCUGUUCUCGUUCUGCGUGCGAUGUUUUACGGGCCAUUCCUCUGGGAAGCGCACAUGUUCAUAGCCUGCCCUGGAAUCCCUUUUCAUUGGUAAUCGCUCCAUGCUGGUCGGAAACUGGACUUUUAUAGCUGUGCAACCACAGACGCAUCAAGUUGCUGGGUUAUGGCAUUUAAACUCAUCCUCGUUUUAUAUUCAUUCAUAUAAUUAAAAAAAAAACAUCCGUGGUGUGACUGUUAAAUUAGAAAUAGGGCUCACUGAA